UUAAAUGGCCGAGUUGUUUCUGCAUUACUCUAUUAUUAUUUUCAAUUGUUAAAUUUAAUAAAUUUUCGUUCAUUCGUGCUAGUUUUAACGUAAUUUCUUUCGUUUUAAAAGAUUUUGUGUUUUUCUCUAACUCUGAUGAUUUUUAUGCUUUUAAAACAUGUUUGACCGCGGAUGCGUUACGGGCCGCAGUUCAUUGCCUUAUGUAAAACUGGAAAUGGUGUUUCUUCCGUGAGUGACCGAAAUAUAUAGUGACUUAUGUGUUCGGUGUUUAAAGUCGAAGCCAGUUAUAGUGAAUAGUGUAUUACAAUGUCUAAUUCGACAGCCCAAGUGUUAAUGAAGAAGGGUAAAAGGGGGGCAGCCUCGUACAUACAUGCGGACUGCGCCAGUGGGUCGCCCCAGCACUUGGGGCCACUUUUGGAUGUGCUGCUAAACCCUAGCAAAGCUAUUGACGAAUGGGAAACGAUAGAUUGGUGUCGAUGGCUGUUGGCUGGUGGCAGAACACCCGAUGAAUUCGCGGCAGUUGUGCGCAGUUAUGACAAGCACGACAAAUGCGGCCUUGUGUGGAUACCUCGCGUGGUGGCGUACCGCUGCCGCACGUGUGGCAUCUCCCCCUGCAUGUCCAUCUGUAGGGACUGUUUUCACCGCGGCGACCACUCCACGCACGACUUCAACAUGUUCCUCUCACAGGCGGGAGGGGCUUGUGAUUGCGGGGAUAAUUCUGUUAUGAAGGAGGAUGGAUUCUGCAGUAACCAUGGCAACAAGUGUCCCCGGACGGGUGCAGCUCCCGCAGAACUGAUGUGCGUGGCUGAAGCAAUGAUGCCCAGACUCAUAUUGCGACUUCUGCAGCAUUUUAGAGAGAACAGUUGGGGUACACAGACCACAUCGGACAGUUAUCGUAUCGCGGUGCAGGAGUGCGAGGGUUAUGUGCAGAUGCUAAUGGAAUUCAACAACAUGGGGGACCUCAUGCGUUCCGCUAUGACGAAAGCGCUCAUCAAUCCACAGAUGUACCGCAACUUGGUGGAGCCGCCAUUCCCGGACACGGAGUACGGACGCUACAUGGCCGAGUCCAGUAAGAUGUACGACAAGGCCAUCGAGUCCUUCCCCGCGCCGGAGCCGCCUGACGAAUACCGCCAUCUGCCGGCGCUGGCUCCCCGGCUGCAGCACAACACGUUGCUGGACGAGUUCAUAUUCUGGACGUUCAAGUACGAGUUUCCACAGAACGUGGUCUGCUUCCUGCUCAAUAUGUUGCCAGAUCAAGAUUAUAAGGAACAUCUAACACGUACAUUCGUGAUGCAUUACGCCCGUAUACCGCUUGUACUGGAAAGUGCAGCGGACCCGGACACACUGUCCAACAGAGUAGUGCACAUGUCAGUACAACUGUUCUCUAACGAAGCGUUAGCACUGCGCUGUGUACAACAGCUGCAUCUACUGCAUGUGAUGGUGUUGUCGCUGCGGCUGAUGAUGGGCCGCAUACUGGUCCGCAACUCCUUACAUGAUCCCGAAGCUAAUCUGCACCGUGUGAUAGAUUGUACUCGGAGAGUGAUGAAGGAACACUGCUAUUGGCCGCUGGUGUCUGACUUCAAUAAUGUGUUAAGUCAUAAAAGUGUGGCAUUGCUGUUUCUACAGGAUGAUGCGCUUGUGGAUAUGUGGUUUGAGUUUCUCUCGAUGUUGCAAGGUAUGAACGUGAACGUUCGCGAGACCGGAGGUCACAUAGAGUUCGAGCCAUCCUCGUACUACGCGGCGUUCUCGUGCGAGCUGGAGGCGGCCGCCUACCCCAUGUGGUCAGUGCUGGGCCACCUCUCGGAGCCCGCGCACGCGCCGCUCGCCCGCCGCAUGGUGGCCGCCGCGCUCGCCUACCUGCGCGACUGGCUAGAUGCUGUUAACUUCACCACGCCGCAUAUGCAUCGGACGGAGGCAAUGCACGCGUCGUUCCACUUCCCGCUGCACCGCUACCUGGCGGCCUUCCUCUGCGCCGGCGUGCGCUGCCUCGGUCUGCGCGCCGCCGACCUGCUGCCCGCGCACCACCUGCUGGCGCUGCUCGCCGCGCACCCGCUGCGAGUACAGAGUCUCUUCUACGAGAUCCUGGCGGGUGUGUGGGUGCGAAACGGGCUUCAGAUCAAAGGCCAGGCGAUGACGUACAUCCAAGCGAACUUCUGCAACUCUAUGGUGGAUAUGGACAUCUACUGGCUACAGAUCUGCGCAGCUCAUCUCCCAGCUGACCAGUUUCUUGAUAUGUGUAUUGAUAUGUUCGGUGUCCGCGAGUGGUUAAGUAUGACGCCGCUGUCGCCAGCACAGGCAGCAGAACAGGACGCUAUGCUGGAGGGCCUGCUUACCUUUCUAGCUAUACUGGUUUCCUCCAGAACUAAUCUAGGCAACGACGAGCUGACGCAGUCCCGGCUGGAGGUGAGCACGCUGCUGGCGGCGGGCGACAAGACGCACUCGCAGCUGCUGGAGCUGAUGCCGGAGCGCUCCGGGAACGCGCACACCAGGAACUUUGAGAGCGUGCUCAAAGAGCUGUCGACGUACCGUCCUCCGCCGAAGGGGUCGGAGAACCUGGAGCAGGGGCUGUUCGUGCCGAAGCCGGUGGUGUGGGAGCAGCACUACGACCCGCUGCACGUGCUGCGCCGCGCCGUGCACCGCAGGGACUUCCACUCCUCCAUGGACAGAUUCACGGCAUACGUACGAGAAAAGCAGAAGACGGACGGCAGUGGGGGGUCGACGGGUGCAGGGGGUGCGGGGGGCGCAGCGAGCAGCGCUGGGGGUGCGGGGGGCGCGGCGGGCGCGAGCUCCGCCAGCGGGUCAGGCACGCUGUGGCCGCCGCUCAGACCUGCGCAGGCGCCGCCCGCAGCCGCCGGCGACCCCCGAGUCAUCUGCCUGUCAGGCGUGCUGCACGGCGCGCUGCUGGCGGUGCUGCACCGCGGCGUGCGGCGGCGGGACGGCGCGGGCGCGGCGGGGGGAGGCGCGGGGGGCGCGGCGCCGCCCGACCACGUGCUGGCGCUCGCCGUCUACCUGCUGACGGUCGCCGCGGACCUCGCCACGCCGCACCAGGCACACGAUCGGUCAGUGUGCGUGGCGGCGCGCGAGGGCGGGCGGGGCGCGCGCGCGGUGCGCGGCGUGCCGCUGCUGCGCGCGCUGGCGGGUGGCGCGCUGUGCGACAACGCGCGCACCGUGGUGGCCGCCGUGCCGCCGCACCGCCCGCAGGCGCGCCCGCACCUCUACCCGCGGCACGCGCCCGCCUACCACUCCGACAGUGAUACGGAAUGGGAGCCUUCGGAACCAGAGACCGGGCGACUUCCUCCGCCCAACAAAUCCGUCUCUCUACCAGCGACCAGCACCGCUUUAGCAGUACCUACAGCUAUGCAGAUGGCGCGAUUAGUGCAUAGAAAUUCAGUCCCUGACGACCAAUCAGACGCCGGCGGUGAUUCUACAGAAGUACGAGCGUUAGAGAGUGGCAGUGGAGAAAGUCAAGCCCUGGUGCUGCAGACCUUGACUGACUCCGAUAUGGAUUCAGAUAAUCAGAUGACCCUCGCGAUACCCACACAAAGUGACCUGGACACACCUCCCGUGCCAAUAGAAUAUGAUACAACAGACCCGCUGGAGUCGCACUGGCAGGCGCUCCCCGCGCCGCCCGCCGCGCCCUCCCCGCCCUCACCCUCUACUGACACACAGAUGCAAGUACACAGUCAACCGGACGAAUCGAUUCCAGUAAACGAAUCGAUAAUAUCUUUGUUGCUGAAACUGCACUCGCAACUCUCGGGACGACUGGAUUCAUUUUCAUUGGAGGAACCCGCGCCCGCAUCACAGGAGCCUAUCGGCGACGGUCCAUACUUCAUAGGUCAGGUGCUGCGCAAGCUGGCCGCGCUGGACGCGCGCUGCGCCGCCGCCGUGCAGCACGUGCGCCGCACGCUGUGGCCGCACCAGCGCGAGCGGCAGGCGGAGCAGCGCGCCAGGGAGCGUCGUGAGAAGGAGGAGCGUUCUCGGCGCGCUCGCGAGCGCCAGCAGGCGGUGAUGCGGGAGUUCGCAUAA